AUAUGUUUUUUAAAAAAAGAAAGUGGUCCAGAGGAGACAGGAGAGGAGCCCUGCUGCCCCCACUCCUGCUGGUUCUACCUGCCCUGCCCCAGCUGCCAGGCCCUGCAGGGAAGCUGAGGGUCAGGCACCACCUGUCUGCCCAGGACAAGCCUGAGGCGAACCCGCCGGCCCACAGGUCAGGCCGGGCCCAGGAAGGGAAGGCCUUGGGUGUUCUGUCACUCCCCUCGGAAAUGAGAGUGGGUGGGGCUCCCUCCCCGAAGCUGAAGCUGUCGGGGUGGAGGGCUCGGUGAGGCUCAGUCCAGAGCCGAGGCCUGGAAGCUGUGUCCCUGACCUGAAAAUGUUGCCAAGUUGAGGUUUCAUUGUUCCUGACGUUCCAUGGGGACAGCCUGUCGUCCCUUCUGAGUGUUAAUACAGACCCGGGAUGCUGACCCCGGGGUUUGGGAAAUGAAACUGCCACAGGCCCGCCCAGAACUCCCCAGGUUCUUCCCGGCCUCGAGUUGGAAAGGCCUUCAAAAACACCAGCCCGCGGGGCGCCCCAGGGUGGAGCCACAGGCGCUGCUGGGAGCUCACCUGGUUUACCCGGCACUGGGAUAAGCACUUUUCAACUUGAUUAAAUUUGUAUUUGUUUUCAGGUACUUGAGGGGGUGGGAACUUGGCACAUGGGCAGGUGAUUCCGGCCCCGCUCGCCCUACGGCAGGUCCCAGGCAAAGCGGGUCUUGUCCUUCACACCCUGGCGUCCCCACACCAAGGACUGUUGCUGUCUGGGCCCUGCCCCAAAGGCCAGGGCACGGUGUUUCCCACUGUCACCACGGGGCCCUGUGCCCACCCUGCACCCACCAGGCCAGGUCAGAGCUGACAGCCACGUGGGGUGGGGUGACAGGAAUCUUCCCUCUGGGCUGCAGGGGACUCCCUGGGGCGGGACUGGGACCUGGGCGGCCCCUGUUGGGUGAGGGGCUGCUGGGUGAGGGCGGGUGGAGAUGGGGUGGGCUUCCUCCGGGGCCAGGAGGAACCUCCCGCCAGCCGGCCCGCACGUUAGGGGCCCGCCCAGGAAGCAGGGGUCAGAGCCCCUCAGGGAGGGAGGCAGCCCCUCCCGGGCCAGAACCCACUUCCUACUUCACCACACGGGGAGGUGGCGGGGAGAACUGUGGGCAGAGGCCGGGCCUGCUCCCUCCGCCCUGCGCCCUGCGCGGGAAGUUGGCGACCGGGCCUGGGCUCUGGGUGCUCCCGGCAGGAUGGAGGACGAGGAAGGCUCUGAGUGCGGCAAAGCGGACUUUGUGCUUCUGGACCAGGUCACCAUGGAAGACUUCAUGGAGAACCUGAAGCUCAGGUUCCAGAAGGGCCGCAUCUACACCUACAUCGGCGAGGUGCUGGUGUCCGUCAACCCCUACCAGGAGCUGCCCCUCUACGGGCCCGAGGCCAUCGCCAGGUACCAGGGCCGUGAGCUGUACGAGCGGCCGCCCCACCUGUACGCCGUGGCCAACGCCGCCUACCGGGCGAUGAAGCGCAGGGCCAGGGACACCUGCAUCGUGAUCUCAGGGGAGAGCGGGGCGGGGAAGACGGAGGCCAGCAAGCACAUCAUGCAGUACAUCGCGGCCGUCACCAACCCCAGCCAGAGGGCCGAGGUGGAGAGGGUCAAGGACGUGCUGCUCAAGUCCACCUGCGUGCUGGAGGCCUUCGGGAACGCCCGCACCAACCGCAACCACAACUCCAGCCGCUUCGGCAAGUACAUGGACAUCAACUUCGACUUCAAGGGAGACCCCGUCGGGGGGCACAUCCACAGCUACUUGCUGGAGAAGUCUCGGGUCCUCAAGCAGCACGUGGGUGAGAGGAACUUCCACGUCUUCUAUCAGGUGCUGCGAGGCUGUGAGGACGCAGAGCUGCAGGACCUGCACCUGCAGAGAAACCCCACCCUGUACAGCUUCACCCGCCAGGGCGCGGGGCUCAGUGCCUCGGAGAGCGAGGAGAGGAGCCACCACUGGGCGGUGAUGGAGGCCAUGCAGGUGAUCGGCUUCAGCGCUGAGGAGAUGGGGUCUGUGCGCCGGAUCCUGGCUGCCAUCCUGCACCUGGGAAAUAUCGAGUUUGUGGAGAUGGAGGAGGGGCACCUGGCUGUGGCCGAGGAGGUGCUGGUGGACCACGUGGCCGAGCUGACGGCCACCCCGGAAGUCAUCGAGAAGGGCCACACCGCGGCCGAGGCCAGCUACGCUCGGGACGCCGGCGCCAAGGCAGUGUACCAGCGGCUAUUUGAAUGGGUGGUGAACCGGAUCAACAGCGUCAUGGAACCCCGGGGCAGGGACGCCCGGCGGGACGGCAAGGACACGGUCAUUGGCGUGUUGGACAUCUACGGCUUCGAAGUGUUCCCUGUCAACAGGUGGGAGACCCAACCCCUGCACACCCUGACCCUGGCUGUCCCCCCACAGCUCUGCCCCACGGACAAGACCAUGGAGUUCGGCCGGGACUUCCGGAUCAAGCACUACGCGGGGGACGUCACGUACUCCGUGCUGGGCUUCAUCGACAAGAACAGGGACGCCCUCUUCCAGGACUUCAAGCGGCUGCUGUACAACAGGUGGCGGGCACGGCAGCUGGUGAAGAACAUCCCUCCCUCGGACAUGGCCCAGAUCAAGGCCAAGGUGGCCGCCAUGGGGGCCCUGCAGGAGCUGCGGCCGGACUGGGGCUGCCGGCGGGCCUGGCUGCGAGACUACCUGUCCUCCGCGGUGAGGUCUGUGCUGGCCUCAGGGGAGCGGGUGGCCCAGCAAAGGCGGCGCGUGCACCCGACGUGGGUUCCCAAGGCCGCCGACAACCCUGCCGCCUCCAGCCUGUUCGCUCAGCGCCUGAAGUCGCUUCGGGACAAGGACGGCUUCGGGGCAGUGCUCUUCUCCAGCCACGUCCGCAAGGUGAACCGCUUCAACAAGAGGCGGGACCGCGCCCUGCUGCUCACCGACCGGCACCUGUACAAGCUGGAGCCCGGCCGGCAGUACCGGGUGAUGCGGGCCGUGCCCCUGGACUUGUUGGUAGCAGACCCUGCGGUCCCACCACGCUGGGCACCAGAGGGGACACAGGCCUGCAGGGGAGGGUGGCAGGUGGGGCUGGGCGUGGGGCUUUGCAGGCUGAGUAGGAGUUCUCCGGGAGGAGGGCCACAGGGUGACCAGCAGCUCAGCAGGAGGGGUGGCUGGGACAUGCCUGGUGGCCAGGGCCAGGCUGAGAGUGAGAGGCAGGACCUGGGGUGGGAACCUGGGGCUGCUCAGGCCCCUCUGAGCACCUGUCCCUGCAGGUGGCGGGCACGGCAGCUGGUGAAGAACAUCCCCCCCUCGGACAUGGCCCAGAUCAAGGCCAAGGUGGCCGCCAUGGGGGCCCUGCAGGAGCUGCGGCCGGACUGGGGCUGCCGGCGGGCCUGGCUGCGAGACUACCUGUCCUCCGCCGCCGACAACCCUGCCGCCUCCAGCCUGUUCGCUCAGCGCCUGAAGUCGCUUCGGGACAAGGACGGCUUCGGGGCAGUGCUCUUCUCCAGCCACGUCCGCAAGGUGAACCGCUUCAACAAGAGGCGGGACCGCGCCCUGCUGCUCACCGACCGGCACCUGUACAAGCUGGAGCCCGGCCGGCAGUACCGGGUGAUGCGGGCCGUGCCCCUGGACUUGGUGACGGGGCUGAGCGUGACCAGCGGGCGGGACCAGCUGGUGGUGCUGCACCUGCAGGGCCAGGACGACCUGGUGGUGUGUCUGCACCGCUCGAGGCCGCCGCUGGACAACCGCGUGGGGGAGCUGGUGGGCGUGCUGGCCGGACACUGCCAG